CGCAUUGAACCUACGAAAGUCAGAGAUAACCGAAGAAUAACCCAGAGAGCAAUCCAGCAACAGCAACAACAUCCUUGACAGCCAUGGCAAAUCCAAGGCUCUUUAUCUACCUUUUCCUGGGCUUCGCGAUCAGUCUGGAAUCCGCCCUUGGAGCACCAGUGAUUAGCCAGAUCAGCAAGGAUGUGGUGGCCAGUGUCGGUGAUAGCGUCGAGUUCACCUGCACAGUGGAGGAUGUCGGCCCCUUCACGGUCAGCUGGGCCAAGAGGGCCAGCGAGUCGGACACCAAUUCGGUGGUUCUCUCCAUGCGGAAUAUGCUUAGCCUCACAGAUCAGCGAUACAAUGUCACAGUCACUGAUGGACCCAAGUCUGGAAGUGCCAUCUACACGUUCCGCAUCCAGAAGAUCGAGGUGACCGACAUGGGUCCGUACGAAUGCCAGGUGAUCGUCUCCGCCACGGAGAAGGUGAUGAAGAAGCUGAACCUGCAGAUCAAGACCCCGCCUAUGAUUUCGGAGAAUACCCCGAAGAGUACUCUGGUAACUGAGGGUCAGAACCUGGAGCUUACCUGCCAUGCCAUUGGCUUCCCCAAGCCGACGAUUUCCUGGGCUCGCGAACACAACGCCGUGAUGCCAGCCGGCGGUCAUGUCCUGGCGGAGCCCACUCUCCGGAUCCGUACAGUGCACCGAAUGGAUCGCGGAGGAUACUACUGCAUUGCCGCAAAUGGCGAGGGACAGCCCGACAAGAGGCUGAUCCGUGUCGAGGUGGAGUUCCGCCCGCAGAUUGCCGUGCAGCGACCGAAGGUGGCCCAGAUGGUGUCCCACACCGCGGAGCUGGAGUGCUCCGUGCAGGGCUAUCCGGCACCCAGUGUUGUGUGGCAUCGAAACGGCGUCCAACUGCAGUCCAGCCGGCAGCACGAGGUGUCCACCACGGCCUCCUCCUCUGAGAUAACAACCUCUGUCCUGCGCAUCGACAGCGUGUCGGUGGAGGACUUUGGGGACUAUUACUGCAAUGCCACCAAUAAACUGGGACAUGCCGAUGCCCGGCUCCAUCUCUUCCAGACUGUCAUCCCGGUGCCGUCGUUCUCGUAAGGUCACCACAUCGACAUCCAUAUCCACAUCCACAUCCACUUCCAUUCCCACGCCACAAGACUGGACCCCUCCCAUUUUAGCAUCUCGUCUCGCUUUUUCGGCAAUUCCCCAGCCCGGAUGCGGCCUGUGUUUAUAUUAUUAAUGAAUCAUUCAAUUAGCUCCCAUUCAGACUCUCUUAUUUUCGGACACACUCGAGAUCGACUCGAGCGACCGUUGUGCCUUAAGAAUGUGCUCAGCAUCCGACGG